AUGCUGUUUUUGGUGUUACGCUUUUUUCAUACAUUUGCAUAUGCAAGAGAAAUAUACGUUUCGCCGAACGGAAGUGAUUCCGCCAAUUGCACCAUGGAUGCGAAGUGUACACUCGACCGAGCUUUAGAACUCGCUUCUGGUUUUACUUCAACUUCAAUGUUAGCGAGUAAAGGAAAUUACUCGCUUAAAACAAGCCACAUUUUCACCAGGAUUGCUUCCUUUAGUCUCAUUGGCAGUGGUUUCCGUAAUGACGUUCAAAUAACUUGUGAACCAAAUGUAAGCCUCGCAUUUUCUCUCAGCAAAAAUAUAACUUUGGAGGGAUUGAAGUUUAGAAAGUGCGCGGGAUGGCAUCGAAGUACGGUGGGAGUAGAAAAAAAUUAUCCAAAUCUGAGGGGCGCCAAAUUUAAGGCCGCCUUGGAUUUUCGAUAUUGCAGGAACCUUCGGAUGUAUAAUGUUGAAAUUUCGUCCUCUCCAGGUCUCGGAGUUAAUUUGUAUGAUGUCGGGGGCAUUGUGAACUUCACACAUUGUUUGUUUGCGGAUAAUUUCAUUUCAAAAGAAAGAAUGCACGCUGAAUGGGAAGAUGUAAGAAGCGAGAAUGGAAAGUAUGUGUACUCAGGUGGCGGCGUUUACGUUAUAUUCAAUCCAUAUGCUUACGUUACAAUAAAUGUAACGCCUGGCGAGCAUGACUCGUAUCAACAUAACAAUAUCUACGAAUUUUCAAGCUGCCAUUUUCUCAGAAACAAAGCUUUGUGGUUAAACGCACACAGAACGAACGAACUGGACACACCGGAACUUCCUUUCAGCCGUGGAGGAGGGCUAGCUAUAUAUUUACCAGACAAGGCAAGUGGAUGCCUCAUCAAAAUCCGAUCAAGUGUUUUUGCCAGUAACGAGGCAUCUUGGGGUGGAGGCCUUCAGGUUGAAAUGAGGGGAACAACAGAGAACAAUUCUUUAGAAGUAGAAUCAAGUGUGUUUCGAGAAAACGGCGCUUUGUUGGAUGGUGGAGGUGCCCGUAUAGGAAACUUGCCAGAAGAGGGUGUCCAUCUUCGUAUAAACCGAUUUAAGAUGACCAAUUGUUCAUUUGAAGGCAACACUGCAAUAUUUGGAGGGGGGGCGUCACUGUAUGGAACAACAAUUCCCCGGAAGUGUUUCAUUCAAACAAAUCCGGCUGUUACACAGUUUUACUUUCAUGGGUGCAACUGGGUGGAGAACGUGGGCAGUGUAGGGGCUGCCAUUGGUGCAUAUCUUUACAACAGAAACGAGGAUCUUAUUGGGCCGGAAAUCCCUUACCGCGUUUGCUUUCAGAAUGACACUUGGUUUCGUUUCAAUAGAGUUAACCAGCUUCAGCUUAAUCUGACAAUUGGACAAGGAACUCUGUACAGCUUGCAAGUACCUCUUAUAUUCAAAGGCAAAGCGCAGUUUGUAAGUAAUACCCAAUCUGCAUUAGUUCUAGAUGGGUCAACAUUGAUGGUCUACGGCAGCUUGCAUUUCAUUAAAAACACCGGUGUUAGGGGAGGGGCGAUAGCCAUGUACGGACGGUCCAGAAUUCUUUUGCAAGAUAAAACCUCUUCGUUAACAUUUGAAGCCAACAAGUGUGAAGACAAAGGUGGAGCACUGUACAUUGAAGCUCCAGGGGCCCCUCUGGUAAGCUUUAACGCCACUGGUGCAGCCAAUGAAGCUUGUUUUUUUGGGUAUUCCAAUUCCUCAAAGGAUUAUGACGAGUGGAAUACAACUGUUGUCUUCAGAGAUAACAGCGCAUCCUUAGGAAAAUCAGUGUACGCCACAACACUAAAAAACUGUCGACGAGCGGGUGAGAGUCGGCAGCAUAAUAAUGUACUGAAAUGGAAGUUUGUCAAGUUUGUGAACUUGCCUCCAAAUUCAACCUCCCUUUUGCAGGAAGUUGCAACAGAACCAGUUGACAUGGGACAUAAUGAGAGUGAUUGGGAGGUACCCCCCGGCGAGGUUUUUGACGCAACUUUGCAAUUGUUUGACGAGGUUGGAAAUCUCAUCCCAGGAAUUGUUGACGUCAGUGUUAAAACCUCUUCAGUUCAGCUCGACAACUCUUCGCCACUUUUUCUUGCCACUGGUGGCAAAAUUUCAAGCAUCAUCUUGCGUGGAGAGAUAGGAAGCCUCUUUGAUGUGAAAAUGAGUUAUACAGGAAGCCAAGUUCUAGAGAAAAUGGUGGAGAACGUCACAUUGAAGGGUUGUCACGCUGGAUUUAGUUUUGAUAAGGACACUUUAAAAUGUGAAUGUAUAAUGACUAAAGGAGUAUUGUACUGUGACAAUGAUGGGAAGACCGUUUACAUAAAAGGAGGGUAUUGGGCUGGAAAUGUCGAUGGAGAGUUUGCCACCUAUUUUUGUCCUACUGGAUAUUGUAACUCUUUAACCACCGAGGUCUCUCAAUACAAGUACAUUGAAGGUUUUGUCUGCAGCGAGUCAAGAAACCAGAGCAGUGUUCUUUGUGGGGAGUGUAAGGAUGAUUACACUAUUUCUUUUGGAAGUCAACGCUGCGUAGAAGCCUGUCCGAACUGGCAUGUAAUAUUUGUAGUACUGGUUUACCUCGGCUUCCUUCUCGUUGUUGUGGGUGUGAUGCUAAUUGACCUCGAUAUCGCUUCAGGUUAUCUGAACGCUUGGUUGUAUUCAUACCAAAUCAUGAAGUUGCUAACACCUGAUGGUUUUGAAUUUGACCCAGUUAUCGAAUUUGUCAUUGGUUUUACCAAUGUGCACAUACACAUUGGCGAUCACAGUUUCUGUUUUAUCAAAGGUUUGAACGAUGCCGAUAAAAUGUUGUCACUGUCUCUCAUUCCCCUCCUUGUGUUGGUAACGGUGGGUGUGUUGAAGUCUUUCGUAGAUCGCUACCCCGACUGCACAUUUAGCAGAAUGGUUCUAAGACGGACUCCUACGGCUCCGUAUCGCGCUGUAUGUACCAUUUUUGUUUUGUGUUAUACAAAUAUCACAAGAAUUUCCCUCUCAAUUCUGCAUCCUGCCAAAAUUGUAGGUACCACUUUUCUUUAUGAUUACGGAGGAUACGAAUUUCUUCAUGGAAGGCACCUUAUGUACUUUGUCAUUGCCAUGCUUUACAUUAUAGUUAUUGUACUUCCAUUUCCGUUACUUCUGUUGUUUCGUCCGACUCUGACUAGGUUCCUUCGUCCAGUGUUCGAUCUCCAUAGAUGGGACCUAUACCUAAAUGCAUUUCAAGGCUGUUUUAAGGAUCGAUAUCGGUGGUUUGCAGCUUUCUAUUUUCUCUGCCGAAUUGUGAUCUUGUUGUUUUACACUUACCUACCAGCUAAUUCUGUGAAAAGAGUUGUGUUGGAGGUCACCUGUAUUUUCAUUCUCUCCAUCUUUGCGUCUUUGAAGCCUUACAGGGGACCCAACGACGUUGAACAAAGCAUAGAAGGGGCAAAAGGAAGGAGGAAUGAGGGAGAACGAGGAGGACACAAGGACGCUAGGCAGGAGAAAGGAGGAAGCAGUUAUAAGUGGAUCAACAAAAUAGACAUACUGCUUUUGACAAACCUCUCUCUUAUCACUGUAAUCAGUUCACCACUUGCCACCGACGACGACCAGGUUUUGACAAUAGCUGUGAGAGUUUUAGCAUGGGUUCCGUUGGUACUUUUUUCCGCCUUAUUAGGUUGCCGA